UUUUCUCGUGCCCACCAGACAAAUACGAGCAAGAGGGAGGAGGGGUGAGGGACCAUUAAGUCUUGGGCGACAGCGGUGGCAGAACGCGAAGAGAUCAUAAGGCAAUAAACCAUUGCACCAAAGAUCUGACGCGUUGCGGAGAGAGAAUGGAUCUACCUGCCGUCGGGGAGCAUGUCUUCGCGGUGGAGGGCAUCGAGAAGAAGCGCCUACGGAAGGGCAGACUCGAGUAUCUGGUGAAGUGGCGAGGAUGGGCAGCCAAAUUUAACACAUGGGAACCCGAGGAGAACAUUCUGGAUCCGCGGCUUCUCGUCGCUUUCCAAAACAGAGAGAGACAAGAGCAGUUGGUGGGAUAUCGCAAAAGAGGGCCGAAACCCAAGCACACCCUGGUCCAGCUUCCUGCCUUUGCUCGCAGAUCUAGCAUCCUGGGUGGUCUACAUGACACAUUAUUGGACGAGGAGAACCAGCUCAAAGUGGACUCACUUCAGAUCCACAGGCAACGGCCGCAGCACUACCAGCUGAACAGUAAAAAACACCAUCAGUACCUACCCAGCUGUAAGGAGAUAACAGCAGAAGCACACAUCCGUGGGAAAAAGAAACACUUCUACCAGCUUAACAGCAAAAAGCAUCAUCAUUUCCAGCCAGACCCUAAGAUGUAUGACACACCACUCACAGGACCCAAAGAGGCCAAGGGUCAAGACCCUGCCAACAAAGGUUGGAACCUCCCUCCAGCCCUGCAACAGAAGUGGAUACGGAACAAAGACUCAGGCUGCCUGAGCAAAGUGAAGGAUCUGUCUGUUGAGCUUAAAGGACUGCCGGAUAAUGCUAACAAAGCAGAGCGGGCACUUAAGACGAGUUCUAAAGAGUCUGCGCUUCCGAAUGGCAUUGGCAGUAAGAUGAAAAUAAUCAAGAAUAAAAACAAAAACGGCCGAAUCGUCAUCGUGAUGAGCAAAUACAUGGACAAUGGUGUGCAUUCAUCGAGAGUCAAAAACAGGAACACUUCUGGAGUGGAAAAAGCACAACACAAAGACGAAUCUUUGAAGAGUAAUACACACAAUCUGUCUGAUGGUGCCACAGUGGGCCAUAAGAAUGGUCCUAUUAAGGACAACAGCAACGUUUCUCCUACUAGUGAGCAUUUUCAUAUAGAGGCCCAGGAAACGUGUGAACUUCCAAAAGUUAUGCCUAUGCAGGCUGAACAAAAAGUGGACAUGGGAACCGAUCAGAUGGAAAUAACUAAAGGUCAACCGAACUCCAUGACAGCGGAGAAGGCUGCGCCAUCCCACACGGACACCAAACUCGGUCACCGUAAGAGGAACCUUUCGGACCCCAGUGAGGACGUUAGAGAUUGUAAGCAGUUCCUCAGUCAGAGGAGCACCAGCGCACCAAGUAUAGUUUUCUCUUCGCCUCAGACAGAACCCAUAAACUUGCAUUACAGAGACUGGCAAACCAGCAGAAUCAAUAGUUAUGACUUAACCGACACAAUUCUCGAAGAGCCCAUUGACUUAAGCUGUGGUCCGACAAGAACUCCAAAACAGUUUCCUACAGAUGUUCCUUCUGCAAUUGAGAAGGUUUCAGAAAGCUCUAAGGAGGUGGAGAACAAAGACAACCAUAUUAAACCAUUUGUAGGGAACGUUAUCAUCACGGACAUCACCACAAAUUGCUUAACCGUGACCUUUAAGGAAUACGUUCCAGGACAAUAACAUAUUUAAAUAUACUGGAUUGCCAUUUGAUCAUUAGAUGAGCCAGCUCAAAAGCACUGUUCAUAGCCAUUCCUGAGACAUAUUUACAUGUUUAUUAAAGCAAAUAAACCAUUUAUAUAAAUAAUUGACAUAUAAGCAAACUGUAUAUGUUGGGUUUAUUUGUUUAUAUGCCAAUGUAUAUGGUAUAUAAUGUGUUUGCAUAAAAUUGAGACAGUCGGUAGUUUCAGGGUAAUUUACUGGAAAGUGAAUUCGAAGGCACAUAUUUGUACAGUGUAAAAUACAGUGUAUAAAGCUUUGAAUGUGUUCCUACCCGAGGACAUAUCAGCCUAACGGAGAGAGCACACUGGUGAAACUGAAGAAUUCACCAAAGCUUAAUGGAAGAAUUCAGGCUUCAUAAAGUUAAGCUCAGACAGCAUUUGUAGCAAUGUUGACUACCACAAAUCUACUUUGAAUCGUCCCUCCUUUUCUUGAAAAAAAGCAAAAAUCGUGGUUGCAGUGAGGCACUUACAAUGAAGGUGAAUGGGGCAAAUUUUUGGAGGAUUUCAGGCAUAAAGGUGCAUACAUUGUUUUUGUCUUGUGUAAUAUUUGAGCUGUAAAGUUGUUUAAAUUGUCGGCCAUUUUUAAGGAUUUACGGCAUCAUGGUAAUGAAGAAGUAAAACGGUACACAGAAACAACACUCAUAUUGUUUACGUCUUGUGGCUGUACUUUUAAAACAGCCAGUAUAAGUGUUUACGGAUUGGCAAACGCAUUCACUUCCAUUUUAUGUGCCUCAAUGUAACCCAGAUUUUUUUUCUAAUUUUUAAAGAAAAGGAGGGACUAGUCAAAAUCAAUUUUUGUGGUUAUCAACAUUAUGCCACAAAUGCUGUCGAUUGAGCUUAAAUUGUUUUGAACCCAGAAAGUUCCUUUAAUGUUAAAUGCACUUACCCACAACUUUCAAUGUACAUGACAAUAAGGUAGAUUGAUUAAAAAGCACAUUUUGAGUCAACAUACCUUUAGUCACAUUUUACAAAUGUAUGGACCGAAUUAUUCCUCCAUUGUUCGGGAUUUCAGACAUUUUCCGUACACAUAUCCGAGAUCUAUUAAUCUGGAGUUGCGACGAAAGGUGUCAUCAGAAAUAUAUAUGAAUGUACCUAAAACAAGUAUUUUUGGAUAUUAGCAUAACAGAUUUUGUUUGGCUGUUUUUGAAUAAUGAAAACGUUUACUUGACUGGAUAAAGCUGUUGACCUGUGAGGUCAGCCUUGUCUUCCUUGUGCAAUGCUAGAUAAACAACUGGAUUGUUUGAUGUUUCCUACCCGUGAGAGGUUUAAGUUGCACUUUAUCAUCUCCUGGAUAUGUUUUGAUAUUGAACUCAGUAAAAAGCCAACAAAGGUUACGCCUUAUGCGGAAUGGUUCAAUAAUAGUAGUGUGACAUCAUAAAAUGAAAACCGUUUAAAACGUGUAAGGAUUAACACUUACAUUGGACAGUGUCAUAUAGCUUUAGUAUAUUCUGGAGUCUGAAUUUGAUGUUAAUGCAAGAUACACGCUGAGAUCUGUGUGAUGUACAAAUGACACAAUAAUGCAUCAAGGUUAAAGCUAUUUUACAUACGUAAUGUGUGCAUUUUAUGGGUUAAAAACUGUCAUUGAAAAUGUAUCUCAAAUCCAUAUUAAACUCUGUUGGAUAAUAAUA